AAAGCCAUCCCUUUGGUUCAAUAAGGCUAUCGUUUUUGCGAGCAUAAUCCCCAGGACGGACUUUGGCGAGGGAAGCAGGCAGCUUAUGCUCCGCUCUCGGCGCGUUUGGUCAAAGAUACUUCCCGACUUGCUUGUGGAGGAAAAUAGCACACUAUGUUCGAGUUUAACAGUACUCAAGUCCAAGAGAAUGCCACGCUCCGUAGUGCUCUACCGGCGUUUUCUGCGGAACAGAAAGCUGAAAUAAGAAUUCUCCUCUAACAUACACCUUAGCAGAUCAGGUUGCCAAUGUUAUUCCAACUACUUUCUACCGGAGAAAAGGCAACCGGGCCUCAGGCCGAUUCUUCAAAUUGCCCUUCAAAUUCAUCCUCUUCCGUCAGACAUAUUCUGAAGCCUUCCAGCUUCCCCCCAGUUAGAACAUUUCAUAUUGUCGUUGCAGGAACCUACUUUGUCUUUAACAGCGCAUUGGGGUCCUCCUUGACAUCGGGAGCUCAGAAUGCAAUUGCUGACUAUUUCCAAGUUGCCCGGAGUGAUAUAAGGAUGAUACUCCUAUCCUCACUUUACAUGGCAGGGUUUGCCGUUGGUCCGCUGAUCUUUGGCCCGUUGAGCGAGUUCCUUGGUCGGAAGCCUGUUUUAUGCGUUACUUUCGCAACGUACAUGAUCUUCACGAUAGCAUGUGCAGUGGCCACAUCGCUUCCAGCUCUGUUAACGUUUCGAUUUCUAUGUGGGUUGGGAGGUUCUGCCCCAAACGCGGUAAUAGGUGGCCUAUUCGCUGAUAUAUAUGUUGAUCCUCACCAACGUGGAAUGGCAAUGUCGUGCUUCAUCUUCGUGGCCAUAUUUCCAUCUCUUCUCGGGCCGAUAAUAUCUGGCUUCGUUUCUACUACAUCAUGGAGGUGGACUUUCUGGGCUGGUCUAAUCAUCGGCACCCCAGGCUUUCCUCUCCUGUUCACCAUUCCAGAGACAUAUAUGCCAGUUUUGCUUCAAAGGAAUGGAGGCGCCUUCGGUGACAUCCAAUCCGGUGGGUUUCAAUCGACAACAUCAAAACUUCGCCCGCGUUCACCAACGGUAUCAUGCAAUAUCUGCAAUUUCCUCGGUCGCCCAUUCAUCAUGUUCGUCCAAGAGCCAAUUGUGUUCUUUUGCUCCAUCUACCUCUCUAUGAUUUAUUCCCUCUUGUACCUCUUUUUCGAAUUUUAUCCUCUAGUAUUUCAAGAGUUGUACGGAUUGUCGUCUGGUGCGGCCAGCUUAGCCUUUCUUCCCAUCUUGCCAGGUUUAAUUGUUGCGUUGAUCCUUUUUUCCGCUUAUAGUGCAUACCAUGGUAGGGCCCUGAAUAUGGGGUCAGCAUGGGCGCAAGUGGAAGAGUAUAGACGGCUGCCUGUCGCGUGCAUCGGAGCUCCCACUAUUCCCAUCGCUCUCUUCUGGUUUGCAGCGGCAGCGUCUACUUUACGGUCCCUAUUCGCCGUGGCUCUUCCGUUGGCCACCACCGCUAUGUACACGAAACUUGGUAUCAGUUGGGCUAGCUCGCUCUUGGGAUUUGUAUCGAUAAGCAUGGGGGUAAUUCCGUUUGUCUUUAUCAAAUAUGGAGCGUGGCUGCGGAAGAACAGCAUAAUGGCCCAGAGAGCAGCACCGGGCAAUAGGGUGCCUGAUGUAACUGUCCAACAAAUAUAA